UGCAUUACUUUAGAACUCGAAGCUCUAGAGAAAAAAAAAAACGAGAGAGAGGGGGGAAGAGUGAGGAGAUGAUGUUAAGGACUCGAGUGCUAUGGUUCGGCGUAGGGUUUUCUGUGGUAGGAGCUGCGAUUGCCCAAUUAAUCUGGAGAGAUUCGUGGACCGAUCGACACGCUCUCUUUUCCGAUACGAAGCAGAAAUUUGAUGCUUUGGAAGCCAGACUGUUGAACCUCGAGGCAACUAUCUCUAAUCCGAAAUCGGAUUCCGGUCAGGCGGAAGGCUAGCUCUAUUUCAAGCAAAGAUCCAUAUUUCAGACAAGGAAAAGAGGACGACUAAAUAAGAUUUAUUAUCUACUAGGAUGACUCGAUUGUUGGGUUUCUUAUAAUUAGUUGUGGAUUUAUUUUAACAGAAAUCUCAAGAUACUCUAGAUGAUCCACAAAUCUCGACUUGCCUGUCUUAUUAAUGUCUUGCUGCCUUGGAACAAGGAAAAGUCAGAGAAAUUUGGCUGCGUUUGUUUUGAUGUAAGAGAAGGAAAAUAAGAAAAUAUUUUCGUACAAAACGAGUGAUUUUUAGAAGUUAAUUUCUUUGUUGUUUUGCCAUUUAAUGUUUCGCCGCACUAUGUUACCUUCCAUGUACUGAUGAAUAUGUUAGUGUAUGUGACUGUUUGAACAAGCCCUUAGAAAUUGCUCACGGAAAAAGGGAAAGAAUCCUUGCAAUUG